AUGGAUUUUGAUCUUUUAUGCCAAGAUGCUGAUAAUUCAUUUUGCUUGAUACAUCUCCCUCAAGAAAAUAAGUGGAAACCAGAAUUUUUCUAUGGAAAAAUAUUUUGGUUUCUUAAUGUUCAUAUUAGUCAAAGAUUGAAUUUUUCCAGAAAUCCUUCUCUGUUUACCCUUCUUGAAUUGAUAAGUAACAAUGAAAGAAAGGAAAAACAUAAAGACCAUAUUUCAUUUUGUUAUACUUUUAAUUAUUCUAAUAAUGAUAGCUGUGUAAUAGAAGAAAAAUCUAAAUGUUUGCCAGUAUUGGUUCCACCUCAUCUAAAAACAUUAAAGACUAUUAUUAAGGAUAUGUUUUCAAGUAAGCGAAGUACAUUUGUUGCAAAGGCAGUAUGGAGGUGGAAAAAAAUUAUAUAUAUCACAGAUAUGUCAUUAAUUUCAUACUCUCAUUUAUGUGAAGAAAACAAAGAAAAUAAUUAUUCAGAUGAAAAUCAGAAGUGUUAUAUUGAAUUGCUUGUGAAUUCAGAUAAUCUUCCAUCAGUUCUUCAAUCUGAAAAUGUUAAUUGUAUAAUUUCAGUGGUUGAUUGUUUAAUAUCUAAAGGAACCUUUACAAUUGACAGUUAUACUUCUGUGUUUAUUGAAUAUCCUCCUUUUAUAUAUAGAAAUUAUUAUUUUGCUAUAAAUAACAAUACCAUACAAUCCUUGGAAGAUAUUAACAUAAUUGAUAUAUGUCAAAAGUCUUUGAAGAAUGCAAGUAUUGGUAAUCUAGUCAAUAUAAAUGGUUACAUUAUUGGAAUUGAUGGGAAAAUGCUGUCUUGGAUGGAGUGUAAUUUAUGCCAAAAAUCUCAAUUGACAACAAAAAAUGAAAUGAUUGUCUGUGAUAUUUGCCAAACUACACUAGAAAAUCCUGUAACUAAAUAUAGUAUGGAAGUAUUUAUCAUCGAUUCUAAUAAUCAAGAAGUUAAAGUUAAAUUACACGAUUCAACUAUCAAAAAUAUGUUUUCUCAUCAGAUAGCAGGCUUCUCUGAUAAUUUCCAAGAUGACAUCAUUGGUACUCCAUUAUCUUCCUUGAUUUGUUGUGUUAUAGAUAAAGCACAUUAUUCAUCUAAUAAGAAAACUAUUUUUAUGUUGAAAGAGCUGGAAACAACACAAAAUACUGUGAAAAAAUAAAUAUAUUUCUGUUUAAUUGUUGAUUUAGCCAAUAGAUGGCGAAACAAUCAGUGAGUAACGUAUCUAUUAUCAUCUCGUGUAAGGUAUAACCGACUGCCGUUUAAUUCUAAAUUAUUUAAUUUAUUUAAAAUAUAUUUAAUGUAUAAUCUAUGUAAAAUGCUGAAUAGUAAAUAGUGUCAUAGCCUUAAGUCAAUAUGUCAAAAAUAAUGUAAAAUUUAGUCUUACUGGGUGCCAAAAGAUGGCACCGUUUUGUUUCUAAAAUUUGAAUAACAACAUCCUGUUAUAUUUUGACCCUUUGAUAUUUAAUCAGUGAAAUUAAUGAGGUAAACGUCCCCAUAUCGCUUUGUUUCUCAAGACUUAUUUUCGUUUAUUACUUAAACAUUCGACUAAAAAUAUACUAAUUUUAUAUUUCAAAAUUACUAACAAUUUUCACUAAUUUAUGUAUAGUAAAGUAAUUACUGCGCUUUUUCAGACUGCUAUUUUUUAUUAUUAUUAUUAUUAUUUAUUUUUUUCUAAGAAGGUGGAACAGUAGAUACGCACUAUUUUUUUCUAGAUGAGUCAUAAAGUUUAAUCUAGUUGACAAUGACCAAGCAAACUAUACUCAUUUGACAAAUGACAUUGCAAUUUGUCAAUUCGAGUCCUUUCACCCUGUCUUUAAGAGGCCCCAAUAACGCGAUUUAGCGCAAUUCUUCUUUACAAAAAUUUAGCAAGUAAUGUACAGUACGUGUAGGUGCAUUCUAGCUACCUUUCGAUGUUCUUAACAACGCAGUUUUUUUUUAUUUUUAAAGAAAAUAAUAUACAGAGUAGGCACAUUUACGUAAAUUUCGAUAUCUUGGUAGUAUAAGUCUUCCUUACGAAAAUGUACAAGUUCUAGGAACCUUUCGUUAGCCUUUCUACUGCAGUUCUUCCUUACAAAAAUGAAUAAGUAGGUUCAUUUUAACUACCUUUCGAUAGCCUUUUUAGUGUAGAUUUUCCUUACGAAAAUCGAUAAGUAGGCACGUUCUAGAUAGCCUUUCUACUGCAAUUAUUCCUUACAAAAAUGUACAAUUAAGCUCAUUUUAAGUACAGUACUUUUCGAUAGCCUUUCUAGUGCAAUUCUUCUUUACAAAAAAAAAAAAAAAAGGAACAAGUAGGCCCAUUUUAAGUAGCUUUAUGUAGCCUUACUACUUACAAAAAAAAAUGGACGCUAGGCGCAUUUUAAUUACCUUUCUAAAGCAUUUCUAGCGCAGUGCUUUCUUACAAAAAUAUAUACAAAUAAGUAGGUGCAUUGGAGGUAGCUUAGUAGUCAAAAAGUCUUAACCUGUUGAUAUUUUUACAAAAAAACUGUGGCCGAAAAAAACCCAUUUAAGAGAAUUAUAAGAUGUCUUGUUAUUAAACAGGCCAGUGGGUCAUAAUGUCGAAUACGAGAUGUAAAAUGAAGAAAAGUAGUAACAUUUUUAAACGUGUUUGAUUGGCGACCGUAAUGGCGAUUAGAUAAAAUACUUUGACGGUCAAUAAUCUGUUGAUCAACUGCCGAAAGAUUAAGUCUGGCGAAAGAGUUCAUUAUCCGCCCCUUUACUUCCCUUUCGUUUAUUGAAAACAAGAUUCGAUAUUCCGAAAAACUUUACGCUAAUUUGAUAAAAGUACGAUUCUGUUUGGGUUGUUUAAAUACCACGCGAUAAAAUAUUAUCCCUUUAUCUUAACUAACACUUGCCGAUUGACGUAGUGCCAUGGAUACGAUCUUUAUUCGGUGCCAUAAUGCAUAGUAAAUCCGUCACGUGACUUAACAAUCGAUCUGGGUCACUAGUCCGUCACGUGACUUUCCCUCUCCCAACUUUCUAGUUUAUCUGAGAAACGACUUAGAUCUGAAUCAUAGCUCCCUUUAACGGUAAUCAGUGGUAGUCGGUACCUUGUUUACCCAAAAAAGUAAGGAGGUUUUUUUUAGGAAAUUUGGGUGAAAGUCUUCGUUUUUAAAUUAUUAAUUUAUUAGCUGAAUUAUUAAAGAAAAUAAGAGCUGAUUUAAUAUUAAUUGCGCCUUACAGUAAUGGAAAUAAUCACGCCCUACAUCUAUGUAUCAUAUCAUUAUCAUCAUAAUCCGAAUAAUUAAUUUAAAUGUGUUAAAGUUAUUUUUAAGAUAAUGAAUGGGUUUAAAGAAAAUCCAUUGGAACCUAACAAAUUUCUACCACUCCUGGUGAAAGGUCUUAAACUAAGAUGAAUCUUCAAGACAAAUUUUUUAAGAUUAUACGAUUUUAAUCCAUGUAAAUAAUAUAUAAAAGAUCUUUGUACUUAGAAAUAACCCACGAUACAGUUCUGUAGUCAUUAUAGAGCUAUUACUUAAAAGUCAAAAAUAAGAUCUAGUAAUUAUAAAUGUAAUUAAUAAAACAUAAAAGACGUCAAGUCAAAUAACGUUUCGCCAUCCAAAACAGAUCGUUAUAGUUACAUCCCCCUUAUUUAUUUUCCACCAGGAAAAUUUCUCGUAAAUUAAUGUACAGAUCGUUAAUUUUAUGCAUUAUCCUCCGUGGAAACUUAUAAAUUCCAAUUUCUGUACAUAUCGCGACAGGAUACUAAGCUUAUAUUUCUUUAUACUCUAUAAGAAAAGUACAGACUGACUUGGUAUACGGGAUUGGUAUUCUGUAUAACAUAGUUCAAGCUUUUAAUCUUAACAUUAGAAAUUCAUUUAAUGAUUAUAGAAUUAUUAUAUAGCUACAUUGAUGCCCAUUUAUCAAACUUAACACCUUUUCUAAAUACAUAUUUACUCAUCUGAUUUAUAUUUUAAAUGAUCUUUAUGCUUAUUUUUAAAAGAUUAAUUAAUUAUCAGACAGUAUUUAACAGAAAUUCUUCUCUUUAAUUGUUUUAUUUAUGUUAAAAUACUGUGAGGUCCUCAAUGGAAAAGUACGAGU